AUAUUUAGACAUCUGUCGGAUACCAUUGUUUAGUCGAUAGUGUUACUCACUAAAAUGCAGGUUACCUUCUUAUUGUUUUUAGGAUGUUCAAGCUAUGUCUUAACGUCUCCUGUUCCUGAGACAGCUGAUGCAGCAAGAAUAGUUAAUGGAUACGAAGCAGACAUAAGAGAUGUCCCCUACCAAGCCUCCUUGAAAAGAAGGGUUGUGUCUGGAUAUUCUCACAUGUGUGGUGCAGUGAUCAUAAGCGAUAGAGGAUUGUUAACUGCUGCCCAUUGUGUUGACCAAUACGUUGCAAACCCGUCAUCAUUACGAGUCACCGUUGGGACAACCAAUCGUGUUACUGGGGGAAGGACGUACGACAUAUCAAGAGUCUUGCCUCAUGAGCAAUACUCCACAGAUACCCUGGAACAUGACAUAGCAGUCCUGGGAACUACGAGGACUAUAACCUUUAGUAUUUCAGUAGCUCCAGUGGCUAUACCAAGAGAAAGUUUUAAUUUGCCAGUUGGUACUGAAGCCAUUGUUUCUGGAUUUGGGACAACUUCGUACGAGGGAUCAUCGUCUUCUGUGCUCCUGGCCGCACGCGUGCAGAUUGUCGACCAGCAGACAUGCAUGCGCGCAUACAUGCGCAUCGGCGCUGUCACCUCCGGCAUGGUCUGUGCACAUGGGGUCAACCCAUUGAGAGAUGCUUGCCAAGGUGACUCCGGUGGCCCCUUAGUAGCAAAUAACCAUGUCGUGGGAAUCGUAUCCUGGGGUGAAGGCUGUGCCAGCAUUCAAUACCCUGGUGUCUAUACUAGAGUCUCCAUGUACCAUACGUGGAUACAGCAGCGAAUGACCCUAAUUAACUAAUUCUGGAGAAUGAUCUGAAAUUUAUUUAUUGUAUGUUAUUGCGAAUGGAUCCAUUUGUUUUGCGGUGGUUGUUAGAAAUAAAUGUUGAAUAAUG